AUAAUCUUUGUUGCAGCAACCGAAAACAAAUUUGACUUCGAGUACCAAAAAAAGAGUAUAGAUAAUAAAGAUGGAGUAGAAGCGACAUGUAAAGCGGAGGGUCUUUAUCCUCAACCAACUCUUGAUAUUUCAGUCAAAGAUGUUCCAGAAAAACAAACUUUGAAACCUACAGUGACACUCCGCAAAGAUGGAUUGUAUAAUAUAUUAUCACGAGUAGACUUUCUAGACGAAGAACUACCAGAAGCUGCAGAGCUCAAAUGCAUCAUUGAUAUCCCGAGGACAAAUUACAGCAUGACCCGAAAAACCAUUUACUAUUCCGGAACGGCUACUACUACUUCAUCGGUUACAACGAUGCUACAGCAUCAAAUGGAUAUCCAGGCCCUAGACAUCUCAAAGCCCAGUAAUGGUGGUGGUAAGAUUGAAUCAAUCGUGAAAUUUAUUAAACAUGUAUAUCUGAUAUCAAAUCAUUACCAGUAACCAUCACCAUUAUUUUCCGAAUCAAGGGCCUUUAGAAUUUUGAUAAAACCUGUUUAUUCAUUUCAUGCUUAUUUCUAAAAAAUUUUUUGAAGUAUAUUCUAAGAAACCUAUUGGUUCAUAUUUAUUAAUCAGUAGUAUGUAUACAUUUUUAGAAAAUUAUUUUUUUUA